UAAUACUGUGCUUUAAAUAAAAUAAACUUGCCAUUUUAAACAUAGAUAUUAACUGAUACAAUAUUUCUUUGAAAUUAUUUACCUUAGGGUUAAUGGGUUACCUCAGAGACAUUAAAUGUGUCGGUUUGCAAUUUUAAGCUUUAGCUCGGAGAACAUAACAUGAGAGAUAAACAAAACUUACAGUGGAAGUUGAUUCACUUUGCAUGGGGCUGGUAAAACUGGAUUACAACAAAUUUGGCUUUUUAUUUCAUCUGUAAUUUUAUACAUAGGCCUGCUUUCUGUAAUAUUCUUAAAAAUAUUUAUCCAAGAAUUUGUUAAACAAAACAGGGUUUGCUUAAAUAUUAUUUAUUUGGAACACACAUAAAAUAUGCGAAAUAUAAUAUGAACUAUACGUACGGAAAAAAUGUUUUAUCACAUUUGGGGGAAAAAAAAGAGCUGUUGGACUCGGAAAAAACGUUUUCCUUCCUCUUUACUUUGCCUAAACUCGGAAGGAGUAUAAAAGGGUGGAACCUGGAGGCACAAUGCAAGUGGUUAGUCGAAUAAGGUUGUUAACUGGUGGAGUGAAGAACUUGGCUUCAUUUGCUUUUAUUUUUAACUGCUACUUUUUUUUUUUCCCAACUGCAAAAAAGAAAAUAUAUAUCUGUAAAUAAAAAUGCUGUCCUUUUUUGGAGUUUUCAUAGCUGCAAUGUUUUUGCACAUAGAAGGACAUGCACCCUUUGCCAGCUCAUGUUUUAAGAAGAACUGCUACAUGGUUUUUAAGGAGAAAACAGAUUUUCAGACAUCUUUAGAAAUGUGCAAAAUGAAUAGAUCAACUUUAAUGUCAGUAACACCUGGAACUUCCAGUCGAGUCCUGCAUCAGCUGCUGCUCGGUGACAAAGGACACUUCUGGGUCCAAGACGGCCGCUGCGGAGGCCUGUCCUCAGAAUCGCGGGAACGCAGGCGGGAAACGUGGAACAAGACCGCGAAAUUCACUAAGUGGUCGAGAAUGGAAUCUCUGUGCUCCCCCCACUGCUUCUCUGUUUCCAGCGACACGAAUCUGAGGGAAAGACCUUGCAGAGACGAAGUGGAUGGAUUCAUAUGUGAGAACACUGUGAAUUCUGACUCAGAAGACUCGGUUUAUGGACAGAGCGCUUCCAGAAGUUCAGAAAAGCCAGCUGUGCGGUUCGUCCGCACGAAAAGGACCGCUUCGGGGAAGACAACAAAGAAGACACCCCAGUGUGCCAAGGAGACAUGGAUCGGAAGGACACAGACAUGCACAAUGGAACAUGGGCACUGCCAGAGCCAGACCCAGAACAUGACUCUGAGUCCAACCUCGACGUGCCUCUGCCCCAGCGAGAAAGACAAUCAGAACCUUGUCUGCACAUGCAAUCCGGGCUUUGAAAUGACAAAGGGUAGGUGCCAAGAUGUCAACGAGUGCAUGUUGAACCCUUGCGAGCACAUGAAUUGUACAAACACACCUGGCAGCUAUGAAUGUGGAUGUCAGCCAGGAUUUAUUCCAAAGAAGGAGGACAAGAACCGAUGUGAACAACACUGUGAUUCGAUGGAAUGUUCCCCUAUUUGUUUGGGGAAUAAAACAAGUUGUUACUGCCCUACAAAUUAUAUACUUAACGAAGACAAUUUUGUGUGUAUGGACUAUUCCGUCAGCAGUGGAUCUCUCCUUUACUCUGUGUCUCUGCUUCCAUGUGCAUUUAAUCUUUUUCUGGGCAUUUUUUUCUAGUUACUGGCAUCCUCAGGAGGCAAAAAAUGGUAUUAAAGUAGUGCUCCCUGACGGUGCUAUUUUUUUAAUGAAGUUUGUUCACUCACUCACUCACUCACUCACUCCUCUUUACAUAUAUAGUACAAUUAAUGAUAUUUUAGUCUUUCUUCUGCAUAUCUGAACAUGUUAAAAUGUGUGAUAGUUACAGAUUACAUGCAAUACUAAGACAUUGGGUGACAUGUUUUUGCACAUAGCUCUUUUUUUUUUACACUACAUUUGUAAGUCCUGAGACAAGUAUAUUGCACAUAGUUAAAGUUGUUUGUCAGAGUGAAUAAAACAUGUGAAAAACAUUUUAAUUUUUUGGUAACCGUACAUAUGAACCUUCAUACUCAUGGAGUAUUCUUAUCAGUUAUUAUGUGUUGAUUUACAGUGAUGGGCUUAAAAUGUGUGAGUCCUGUUCUCCAGACAUUAAUUCUUCACUGCUUCUAGCUUUAAUUUCACAUUAUCCUAUAUUUUUCCACAUUGAAGUAUGACUAACCUCAAUAAUCAAAUAUAUUUUCUGCAAAAGGCACUAGUGCACAACAGUUGCUGGAGGUGAAAGGACAUAUUAAUUUUUAUUUCAAUAUCACAAAUGUAAAUUUGAAUUUGUAUUGUUCCUGUACCACCUUAAUAAUAGUAAACCAUUUAUCAAAGUUCAGAUCUGUUAUUUUGUCUUAAACAGCAAGGCUUAUUUAGGUAUUUUUUUAGUAGGUAAUUAUGAUGUCAUUAUUGAGCUUAAGUAGAAGAAGAAUCUCUUUGUAUGCAUCUUGGCACUAAGUAACAUUCGAACAAUGCUUCACAAAACACUAAAUAACUAUUAUUUUUACAUGUUUACAAAAACAUCAAUAAAGUGUAUUCCUUUUCAUAGGCUACUCAACUCUGCCUGUGAUAUGAGGCCAUUUCUCUGCAGAGGAAAAUGUACACAUGAUUUAAAAAUCCCAUCUACUGGUCUUCUGUCCUCUACAAAGAAAAUCAAAAAAGUAAAAAUUCGAGGAAAAAAAAGACUUUUUUGGCACAGUUGUAGCAGUCAACACUUUUAUCAGCGUGCCCCAAUACAGAAGAGACAGAAAGAAGGAUGUUUCGGUAAUGGGUCUAACAAAAACUGGAGAACAAUGAGAUGAAAUGGUAAAAUACCAGAUAGUGAGGAAACUUGUUGGAAGACCCUUAAAUCAUGACAGAGAAUGGUCAUAAAACUGUAUGUGUGUCAUCAGAGUGAUACCUGUCCAGUGAUGCCCCAGGAGAGCUGGACGUGAUUCGCUGGACCGGAAAGGCGGGACUUCCUAUACAGUGAAAAGCCACUUCCUGGAGGCCAUUUAAGAGCUAGCUUGGGGAAAGAACAUUUUUUUUUUUUUUUUUUUUGUGUGUUUAAUAGUGUGCUCACUUUUCCUGUUUGUGUUCCUGCUGGUUUUUAUGAUAUGUUUGCUUCAUUCUUUGUACCACUUUGUUUGUACUGCUUGUACACCUAUUUGUUUGUUUUCUUACUUGAUGGUGUAAGAAUAGUGCAGUUGGGAAGGUGGGGAAGCCUUUGUUUAGGGUUUUGACCCCUUUUUGUUUCUGCGAUUCAGUUAAAGUGGUUUGUCUACAAGCAUUAUGUUACUUAAUCUUUUCCUUUGUUUUUUUUCAGUCCCCUUUACAUUCUGUUCACUUCUCUAAGGUUUGCUUGUUGGCUUUUUCUUUUGUACACUUAGAUUAUUUGCUCUUUCACAUGAACAUUAAACACACGCUCCUGUCUGUGCGCAUUA